GUGUUUGUGGUCUGUUGCACAAAAGGGAUUCAACAUCGACAAAGAAAACAUUAUUGUCAUCCAGAUCGUACCAUAAACGAAGUCUAUGAAGCCACCUGUAGAAAAACAAGACAACUUCAACAAGCUGGGUAUAAGGUGACAGAGAAAUGGGAGUGUGCGUUUAACAAAGACAAGAAAACAGACCUGCAGUUGCAAGAAUUUCUCAAGACCUUUCAAUUUGUCGAACCACUCAACCCAAGAGACAGCUUCUUUGGAGGUCGAACCAAUGCUGUAUGCCUGUAUGCAGAGGCUAAGGAAAGCGAAGCCAUUCACUAUGUGGAUAUCAGUUCGCUUUACCCCUACGUCAACAAAAAGAAAACCUACCCAGUCGGCCAUCCAGACAUUUUGGUGAAUCCUGCAGAUUAA